CCCAAAUCGAGGAGCAGAAUUUUUUUAGACUUUAAAAAUCCAGCGCAAAGUUUAAUUAAGAAAAUAUCGAAUUCUGGUACAUCUCAGUUGAAAAUUCUCAAGUUUUUCACUAAUAUUAACAUUAAAUAGUACUUUUAAAUCGAAUCGUCGGGUGGAAAGUGUCUAAAGAAGGAGGAAAAAUUCUAUCAAUACAAGAGAAAAAUGGAUAGCCUUACAAAUAUAGGAAAAUCAACGAUUGUGGCUGGAGUGGCUGGAGCUCUGUUCUUAGGAUACUGUAUCUAUUUUGAUCAUAAGCGUCGAAGUGCCAAAGAUUUCAAAAAGAAGCUCCAUGAGAAACGACAAGAUCGAGAGAAGCGUAGUGUGAAAAAGAAUAAGAAUAAGAUGCCCGAUUUAACAGAUCAUGAGGCAGUUCAAAGGUACUUCCUUCACGAAAUUCAGAUGGGUGAAGCACUUAUCUCACAAGGAGAUAUUAAUAAUGGUGUUGAGCAUCUUGCUAAUGCUGUAAUCGUGUGUGGGCAACCGACACAACUUUUACAAGUUCUACAACAAACUCUUCCAGCCGAAGUGUUCACUUUACUCAUUCAUCGUAUGAGAGAAUUUCAAUCGGAAAUUGUAACACAAACAUCAUCAACAACACCGGGAUUGAAGCUUGCUGAAAGUACUAAUGAUGAUUUAGAAUAGACAUAAAUGAUUCAUAAUAAGCAAUUUCUGCCCUAAUAACUAAUAACAAAGAUGUAAUGCAUUUUCAAACAAGGAACUAUAUAUUUUUGUCACCAACCAAAAUUUUCAUUCACCUUCUCCUCAGUCAGUCGUCGCCAGCAUAUAUACCAAAAUAAACAUUAGUCAGUAUGUAGUAUAUACCACAUACGAAGACUAUGCAUUUCUAUGUUAUAGCCGAGAGAUAAGCAAAGCAAAUAAUGGUCAUAGAGGAGAAUGUGAAGGAUCAGUGCUUUUAAAAAGUUUACAUUUCACGAUCACAGUUUAAAAAAAGUUAAUUAUACAUGAAAAAUCUAUAGAUUAUUUCCGAUUAUGAUCAAAAACGUUAUUAAAUGGAAAUGUAUUAACAAGAUUAUGAAAUAAAAGAAAAAGUAGUUGUUU